UUUAAAAAGUCAUAAAUCGAUACGUAAUUUAACGAUAACCAUUAUUGAACUUGAACAUUGUUGGAAACAGACGCCCCAUUUCUAACAAAGUUUCAAUGUAGUGGACAUCCAUCCUGGACAGUAUGGCGCCAUUUAGAUUUUUUCAGAAGAAACUCAUUGUGCUUAUUUUGUUAGUCCUUUUGCAAUGCAUUUCUGUCUUGAAUGCCCAAUCUUCAAAAGAGAUUUCUACUUUAAGCACACAAGAUGUGGCGGAAUCGACUUUAGAAAUCACUAAUGGGAGUUCUACAAUUACUACGAUUUUGCCUCCAACUACGACGGCAGAAAUAAUGAUUGCUGCUGACAGUUCCAGAUGUCCAGUCGUGAUUCUUUCACCAGAAUUAAUCGCUACACAUAUCGGAACAUCUUUGACAUUUAAAGCUGUUAUAUACUCAUACUUUGAUGAAGCACUGGAGUCUAGAUGGUCAUGUUUAACUGGAAUAAUUGAUAUAAACGAUCCGAAGUUUCUUGGUAGUAAAAAUAUUCCGUUUCCAGAGCUGGUGGUAAAUAAUGUCACCUUUGAGGAUGAUGGUGUUUAUGAGAUUCAGGUUCGCAUAAAUGACGGAUGGUGCACUGGGAAUAACGUUACUCUGGACACGAUUGGAGUUUUAGACUUAGACGAUCCGUGCAACAGUUCUAAAGAGUGUGACCUACUGAAGAACUUGGUUUGUUCCUCGUUGUCUCAGACCUGUGUCUGCAACAAUGAUUCUUACCACAGAAAUCGGGCAUGUUACCUAAGAACCCGCUUAAGAGCUAUCUUCUCUUCUUCAAAGACAUCAACUACUAAUAUAACAGUUUGGUGGAAUCAUCCUUACCAAAAUGCUGACCUUGUUCAGUCAUACAACGUGUCACUCAGAGCAUAUGAUUCUUCAUACAACUUUAAAACUUCUGUAGAAAUGCAAACAAAUUACACCUUUGAAUCAUCUUUUCUACCAGGCUAUUUGUACUUUUUUGAAAUAACAUCCGUCGUAUUUUUUAACGACUCUGAGGCUACGAUAUUUGUGAAAACGGAUACUGUCAAUUUAGUCGUUGAUCUUCUACCUCCACGCCCAAUGGACACAAAUGCCAGUUUUUUUCACCCACAGCUGCUUUUUCUAAGCUUGCCGGAAGACAACUAUAAUGUGGAUUGGUAUAGUAUCUUAAUAAACGGCUAUUGGCAGAUGGUAAAUCGGAGAGAACAUUAUUGGCCAAAACAUUUGGAACCAGGCACAAAUUACACAAUACGGAUAGAGGCGUAUUCUUGGUGGUCAGAGAGUUAUAGCAGAACUUCUACAUAUGAUGGUUACAUAAAGACACAACGUGUCCCAAAGGUCACUUUUCCAAGUUCAGAGUUCAGCGUUCCAUUGUUGUCCAAAUUAGAAAUAACAGCAACAGUUCACAACAUCUCCAAUAUCCCACUUACGACUGCCGUAAAGUGGCAGAAAAACGACGAAGAUAUCAAUAUCACUGAUACCAGAUUCAUUGGAAGUACCGAGGAUUUAACUGCUCCAAAACUGGUCAUCAGCAAAGUGGAUUUCAACAAUGAUCAUGGCCAAUUUUAUCGUUGUGUAGCAACCAACUCUGAAGGAUCGUGGACUGCUAGUGCAAGAAUAAUUGUACAUGAGGGUUUUGAAUUUCUUGAGUCUUGUAAUCGGAGUGAACAAUGCAGUCCAGGGAAACACCUGACCUGUAGACAGAGCAAGUGUCUCUGUGAAUACAAUUAUUACCACUACAACUACACAUGUUUCUACAGAUAUGAUUUGCGAGAAAACCUUUAUAUCGACAUCGAUACGUGUAAAGGAACCCUAAGAUGGAGUCAUAGUCCCAACGACCAUGAUCUAAGGAUAGAACACUUUAUCUUUAGACGAUCAGUACAAAAUAACCGUUGGGUAUACGAAGACACGACGUCAGUAGGAAUUGUCACUCAAUAUACCUUCAGUCAAUGCAUUUUACAACCUGGGCGUCUAUACAAUUUUUAUAUUCGAUCUAAUGUAUUACUGACAAAUCCCAAUGAAACAUUUCAUAUCUAUUCCAAUUCCAGGACUGUAAUAAUGGAACUUUUACCACCUGGACAAAUUGAUAGGAAGAGAAGCACUUUCUCUCCAAACCAAUUAAUGUUAAGAUGGGAACGAUCUGGUCAAAAUACCUUUCUGAAUCACUAUAGAGUAGAGAUUGAUGGCCAUCAGCAGAAGACCUUCGGUAGUAUCCCAAAGAUUUACUGGACAAAGCAUCUUACGCCUGGUGCAAGAUACAAUGUUACUAUAACUGCAGUGAGUUAUGGUCAUUUAAGUAGUAGGGAUUUCAGGUAUGGAAUCAAAGAAAGUAAGCCAUAUGUGGAUUGGAUUGAAACAGAUACAGGUGAUAAAGAAGGUUAUUCGUAUUUGUCGUUUGGACAAAGAGACAAUUUGCUGAGAGGAGAUGACAAAACAAGUGCAGCCCUUAAAUCCCCCAUAACGAUCUAUGCCGGGGAUGUCUUAGAAGAGGGAUUCAAUUUCGUUCGGAUUGGAUCUAAUGGUGUUAUUGGACUGGGAGAAGAGUUCAACAGAAUUUCAAUACAUGAUAUUAAUUCUAAGCAACUUAAAAAUAGACACAUCGUUUGUCCAUUUUGGUCAGAUUUAAAGGACGAUGAUGGUUAUAUUUACUACAAGACAUAUCAAAGGGGAGUUGAUGCGGAAAACGAUUUAUUUUUGGGAAAAGCAAGCAAGAUAGUAAACAUUCAGUUUGCAGACUUUCCCGAUUUUAAGGCUUCCUGGCUUGUCAAGGCUACCUGGGUUAACAUGACUCUCUUUGGUGCAACAUCGAAGACUAUUACUUUUCAGUGGCUUUUGAUCACGGAUGGGCAAAGUACUUUUACCGUCUUCAAUUAUAUCGAUGUAAAUCUUGAAUCGAUUAAAAACAGAAAAAUAACGAUUGGCUAUCAAUAUGAAAAGACUUCUAUGAAAAACCAAUAUUCAAAUACAAAAAGGGCCUUCAAAAUGAGUGAAAAUCCAGGCAACAGAGGAGUAAACGGGUUCUGGAUACAUAAAAUGACGACUGGUGAUCCAUUGAACAAAAAUGAAAAGGGAUGUUUCGAUUGGUAUAUCAAAAAUAAAGAAGAAAAUAUCUACAUUCAGUUAACGUCCUUUCAUAAUCCUAUUCUUUGUCCAUGUAAUGGCAUCUUGCUAAGAUUUGAUCCCCGUUAUGCCGUAAGCAGAUUUGACACGAUCAAUCAAGUACUCUGCUAUGCUACAAUGAUUGUUGGAAGAAACACGGAAUGCUGUUAUAGGAUGCUUGGGUCUAUUAAUAAUCUGGGCCCUUUAGAACGUUCCUUGCCAUCUGCUGGAACUAUUUUACAGUAUAAUCCGUUUUUUGAGCGACGUCUUUAUACCAUAGAAGACCUCAAUGCACGAGAGGCAUGCUGCAUCAAGACGAAACAAUGCAAUUUAUUUUAUGAGGUCCGCCCUAUUCCUUUGUGCUACCGACGAUCUCCUUUUAAUCCCGCACUGAAUUUCGGAGACCCACAUAUUGUAACACUGGAUGGCAAAAACUACACGUUCAAUGGGUACGGAGAGUACACAAUGUUAAAGAUAUCUAAAGACUCAAUACAGUUUGACCUCCAAGCAAGAACAGACCUAGCAACGACAGCCAACGGGACCAGUAUCAACGCUACCAUAUUUAGUGCCUUUGUUGCACUGGACCAGACUGGAUCAAAACUACAAAUAGAAAUGUCUCAGGACAAGACAAAAAUGCUUGUAAGAGUCAAUGAUAGGGAUUUGACAAGAGAAUUUGGAAAUGAGUCUUAUGUUUCACUGAAUCAAAACUUGAGUGUCCGGUGGGAAAACAGAACAUUGGCAGCAUCGUUCCUGCAAACAUCUAUAAUUCUUAGAGUUAGUUUGGGUGUGCGCUUUUUGAUAUCAGAGGUGGUUGUUGAUAACGCAUAUAGUGGUUUUGCCAAAGGAUUGAUGGGAAAUUUCGAUGGAAAUGCAACUAAUGAGUUUAUACUUCCCAAUGGAACUUUGUUAGAUGAAAAUGCAACCAACACAGAGAGAGAUCUUUACUUCAAUUUUGGCCAAAAAUGGCUUGUAAAUGAGGAUUCGCUGUUUUACUACGAGAAGGGAUUAUCAUACCAAAACUAUUCUCACCUUGAGUUUCAACCUCUUUUCUUGGACGAAGUAGAUAGAAUUAAAUUAGACGAUGCUAAAACAAAAUGUGGUUCAAAUAUAUCGCAGGCUUGUAUUUUCGAUUACCUAGCAACAGGAGAUAUUGCUCUUGCAGAAUCGUCUGGAUUAGAGGAGGCAUCUGCACAUACAGACAUAAAAAUACUUGAAAAUGAAUCACCCAUAAUAACAGGCAAUAGUUCCAUCAAUGUUGAAAUCGGUAAGACUGUUUACAUGCAAUUUAACGCCUAUGACGACAGCACCAAACUGCCUAAAUAUAACCUUUUGAAGCAGCCUGAACGUUUUUCUUUGAAUGAAACAACAGGAAUCGCUAAUUGGACACCAACCAGUACAGCUGUAUCAGAAUUAAGUAUCAGUGUGAUAGAUGACGUUGGAGCUGAAUCGCCGUCCAUUGACGUCUCAAUCGUACUUUGUAAAGGUUGUGGAAGCAAUGGUAGAUGCAGUUACGACAAUAUUAUACCUUCCGAAAAUGACCGUUACAGUUGGGCAGUUUGUGUGUGUGACAUCGGCUAUUCCGGUGAAAAUUGUGAAAUGGACACUAACGCCUGUCUCAAUGAACCAUGCCCUCUACAACGAAAUUGUACUGACCUAACACCGGAAGAGGAAAUAAGAUUCGGUCGGGGUUAUAACUGUACUGAUUGUCCUAUGGGAUAUAACGAUGUUAAUGAUAAAUGUGAAGAUAUAAACGAAUGUGAAGGAAACAGUUCGAAAGUCUGCAAUACUUUCAUUGAGCAUUGUGAAAAUACUGAAGGAAGCUACCAGUGCAUCUGUUUAUCAGGCUUCAGAAAACACAACGGCACUUGUAAAGACAUUGACGAAUGUUCGGAGAAGACAUCUGGAUGCGAGCAAAUCUGUAACAACACAUAUGGAUCAUUUGAAUGUCUGUGUUUUCCGGGAUUUUCUCUCAAUAGCAAUAACGCUACCUGCUCUAGAACUGACGAAAACUCUUGUGACAGCAUUCAAAGAUCGUGUGAGUACACUUGUGAUCCAAUCGAGAAGAAAUGCCUUUGCCCAAUUGGUUUUCAACUCGCCGAAGACGGACAAGGUUGCCAAGAUGUAAAUGAAUGCGAUUUACAACCCCCGAAGUGUUUACAAGAAUGUUACAACACCAACGGUUCAUUCCAAUGUGAUUGUCGACCUGGAUUCAAAUUGAAUGAAGAUAAAAUUUCAUGUUCAGAAUGUGAAGAACCAUAUUUUGGGGAGGAUUGCAGUCAAAUAUGCACCUGUGGACAAGGCAUGGAACGAUGUGACCCAGUGACUGGGUGUUUCUGUAAACGUGGCUGGACUGGAACGAAUUGUACAGUCGAUAUCAAUGAGUGUGAAAAUGACCAGGGCAUAUGUGGAAAUGAAAAGGUGUGCCAAAACCUGAAAGGGUCGUACACGUGCAAUUGUAAAGAAGGAUUUCAAAAGAAUGGAGAUAGUUGUGACGAUAUUGACGAAUGUUCGGAUAUAACUUUGAAUACAUGCUCAGUGGAUACCAAUUGUCAGAAUCUUUAUGGAAAUUAUACUUGCAACUGCAAGCCCGGUUUUCAGAAGUAUGAUUCUGGUUGUGAAGAUAUUGACGAAUGUCAAAGAGGCAUCGCUGAUUGUCAGCAGAUUUGCAUUAACACCAUCGGUGGAUUUAAUUGUGGAUGUGAAUUUGGAUAUACUUUGGAUGACGUUGAUAGAAAAACAUGCGGCAUAGUGCGCGAUGUAUGUGCGCAAUUCCCGCAGCUGAACUGCAGUUAUGGAUGUCGGUUUGGGGAGAGAGAUCCAUACAAAGGAUAUUGUUUCUGUGAAUCAGGAUUUGAGCUUGAUUUUGACAAAAGCACUUGUAAAGAUAUUGUUGAAUGCAAUGAAUCAAGCACCUGCCAACAUAAUUGCACAAACAUUCAAGGUUCCUUUGAGUGUGUUUGCACCACUGGAUACUCAUUGGAAAAGGAUGGAAGAUCAUGCAAAGAUAUAGAUGAAUGUCUUGGAGACUCCCAUUGUGAACAUUACUGUAAUAAUACUGACGGUAGUUACGUAUGUAGUUGUCGGGACGGUUUUAAUGUGCUUAACUUCAGUAAAUGUGAAGACAUUGAUGAAUGCAGUACUAUAGAUACCGGUAUAGACGGGUGUAAGAACUGUACAAACAUUCCUGGAAGCUUUCGUUGUUCGUGCUCUAAAGGAUAUGUCUUAAACAGCACAACACUAACCAACUGCCACAAUAUCGAUGAAUGCAAGGAACAGACAGCUGAUUGUGCACUGAAUGCAACAUGUUCUGAUACUGACGGUGGAUAUACGUGUACAUGUAGAUCAGGAUUUGAAGGCGAUGGAAAAACGUGCACAGUGUGCCCAAAUUUCAAAUACGGAGUCAAUUGUUCUAAUGAUUGUGAAUGCGUGUUUAACAACACUAAGAUGUGUGACCACGUGACAGGAGAAUGCGAGUGUAGUGUAGGGUGGACAAGAACUGACUGCUCAGAAGACAUCGAUGAGUGCCAAAAUGGGUCCAUAUCUUGCAAUGAAUCUAUCUUCCAAGUUUGUGUAAACACGGAGGGAUUGGCUCACUGCGAAUGUCAGUAUGGAGGAUCAGAUAUCUCUAACUGUGUCCCUCCCGAACCAUCCGUUGCUACAACUCAAGAGCAACCUAAAACUACAACUCCUCAGCAACCUGAAAGUACAACUUCUGAGCAACCCGAAAGUACAAUCUGUGAGAAUUUUAAAUAUGGGGACAAUUGUUCAAACGAUUGCGCAUGCGUACUUAACAACACCAAUUCUUGCCAUAACGUGACUGGAACAUGUGAUUGCAAAAAAGAAUGGACAGGAACUGAUUGCUCUGAAGACAUCGAUGAAUGCAAAAAUGGAUUGAUUUCUUGCAAUGAAUCUAUCCAUCAAGUCUGUAUAAACACGGAUGGAUCGGCUCACUGCGAAUGUCGGUAUGGAGGAACAGAUAUCUCUAAUUGUAUUGCUCCAAAGCCACCUGGAAUUGCAAGUACUGACGAGUUUAAAGUAAAAGCUGAGAUAGCCUUUGAUUUUGACCACAGAAGAGAAAAUAUCCUCCAAAAUACUGACAAGUGGAUAGUGGAAAUCACAUCACAGUUGGAGACAUUUUAUAGGAAACAUGUUCAAGAUUUUACAAGAGUAGUGUUUUUGUCUUUGCGAUUUGGAAGCGUGAUUGUUGAACAUGAGAUCUACUCGAGUGGCACAGAGGAAACCCUUAAAGUUGACACUGCAAAUAGCAUGGUCAAAUUGCUGCGACAAGACGAAAAAAUCGUUUUGUUCAACCGAAAUACAGAAGUCAAAAACAUAAUUUUAUUCAAAGACAAUAUCACAAUAAAUAUCAACUCUACCAUCAACCCAUGCCUUAUUUACGCUGAUGUAUGUUCGAAAGGGAAAACGUGUAUUGAUUCAUCGGGAGUAGCUUCGUGUGUAAACUCAAAUACAAAAGCUUUAGGUUGGACACUUUUUAUCAUCAUCGGAAUCGUUGUUCCAUUGGGUAUGGCAAUUAUUGUUCUGGCAGUGGUGUAUGUUUGCCAAAAAGGGCGAUCCAAGAAGAAAAGUAAAAGAUCCAUUACAUUGGACAAUAACGGUGUUAAUGACAAUAAAGAUGAUACAUCUAGAGGCUACUGGAAUUCAAUCGACGAUCUUUUGAAUCAACAAAAACAAUUCCGGAUUAAACGACCAGCUACACUGUACUGAAGAAAUAUGUAUAGAAGAAUUUGGAAACGCUGUGCAGAUAUUCUCAAAACGUUCAUUUAACAUUUUACUUUUGUAUUCAGAUUUUACAUAAAUGUUUUAUAUUCAUGUAGAAAGAAAUAAAUACUUGGGUAGUUUUUGAUUAUCAGAUAAAGAGAAAAUUGAUUGACAAUACGAUAUGGUAAUUCUCAUUUUUAUUUUCAUUGAAAACGUUUUGAAGUGAUUUUGACAU